AUGGAGAGCAGAAAUGUUAUCGGAGUGAAAAUAGCACAACAGGAAUCAUACGGCUGGAGAACAGAUUUUAAAACAUUUGAAAAAUCACUGAAUAUUGUGUAUGAGGAGCUAACAAACAUUGAAUUUCUUAAACCUGAUUGUGUUAUGAGAACUAUCGAUGUUCAUGGAUUCAAAGCAUAUGAAAAGCCUAGUGGUAAAAGUUCAUCUAUCUACGAGAUGAUAAGUUACUUACUGUCUGGAAACGACAGCUUUAUGUUCAUUUUACGACUAGCCGCAGCACGAUAUGCACAGACGCACUUUGAAACAUAUGUUACAAAGCUAACAAACACCUUUGAUGACUGCUACAAAGCGAAUGUCUUUUUUAAGGCGCAUGGCAUUACACUGGACGAAAAGAUGAAAUGGCCAAAGCACAAGAGAGAGUGUGUGUCUGAUGCAUUUAACAAAUUAGUGCGUGAAGCAGUUCACGAAGGGAAGGGCAAUGCACCGUUUUACAUAGAAUUUUUGAGUGGUGUCUUAAAUAGAAAAAUACACCAGCACUUUGAGGAGGAAACAUACGACGGUCGAAAAGUGGAUACAAUAGCCGGCCUGAACGUGAGCUUAACAACUGAUGAUUCCAGUGAUCGAGAACUGCACGUUUACUGGCUGAAGUCAAAGGAUCUUGUAAAAGAAACGCCGUACUGGAUAUUCCCCCUAUUUAAAUGUGUUCAAAAUUGCCUUGGAAUGGAACUUUGUCAGGGUAUUUACGCAUUUUUGAAGAAUCAAAACGAAUUUGAGGAAAACACAUGUUUAGAUUUCAUCAACACACCUUAUAUAUUUGAAUUUGAUCAGCUGAAAGAAAAAGGCAUAAUUAAAACGGAGACAACAUCGAUGCGGACCAUACACACAAUCCAGGUGGAGGGAUUUACUGCCUAUGAGAUGCCUGGUGAUAAAACCUCGUGCAUGUAUGAGUUCAUGAGUUACAUGCUAUUCAGGAAUGCAGACAUGAAAUACAUCAUGCGUUUAGCUGCGAUGCGUUAUGCUUUACAAAACUGUGGGAAAUAUGUGAACACAUUGACAGGUGAGUUUGAAAAGGCCGUAUUCGUCAGCUCCAGAGUUAAAGACGCCAAACUCUUUUUUGAAAUGCAUGGCAUUGAGUUUGAAAAAACUGAGUCGUCAUCGAUGAAACAGUGUGUCCUUAUGUCAUUUACUGAACUUGUGCGUGAAAUUGCCAAUACAGGACAAGGACCGUUUUACGUGGAGUUUUUGCGUGGUGCUCUAAACUGCAAAAUUAAGCAAUUCACCCUAUGGGACGUGGAGAAACCAGGCGCUUCGGUAAUACCCGGUUUUAAUGUUACCUUGACAACCAGUUCACCACCUGAACGAGAACUGCAUACUUUUAGGGAUUUUCUAUCAAACAAUAAAAAAAUAGUACCUCUGUUAAAAAACGAGAAUCGUCUAGAAAAGUAAUAUUCUUUCCCGCUAAAGCUUCAGUUUUUAGUAUUUUUUAUUAUUUCUUUAAAAUUGGGGACGUAGAGGUAUGAUAAACAGAAAAACUGGUUAGUGCCUGAUCUUUUUGUAAUAUAAUAAGCUCGGCACGAAUACAAUAAUAUAUCUUAAACAACGUUUGCUUAAAAUAACUUUUGGAUUUUCCGUGUAGUUCUUUUUUCUAUUCUAAUUUAAAAAAAAUAAUUGACGACUAAGAAAAUUGAUAGGAUAAAUCGAAUACUAGGUCGGUGCCGAAUAAAGCGAAGUUUUUUGCUCGGCCCGAAAAUGGAACCACUCGCCAAGGCUCGUGGUUCAGAUUUUCUAAGCCUCGCAAAAUAAACUUCGCUUUAUUCGGCACCGACCUAGUAUUCUCUAUAUGUCCACCAAAUCAAGUAUUAUUAAUGCUCAGUUUAAAUAUGUGAUAUAUUAUUAAGCAACAAUACAUGUCUCUCUAUGUCAUGCCACCAUCAACAAGGACCACAAUGGAAAUAAGAGAUCACACUCUUUUUUGUGCUAUCCUUGGUACUGUGUUGCGUGACAUGUUAAUUAUCAUGUUUGUAUUUGUAUGUACUAGUUUAUGAAUGCAACAUGUUUGUUAAUAGUGUUUGCACCAUGAUGCCGAAAUAAAUCUAUGUAUCUAAAUAAAUCUAUUUAUCUAACUUCAAUCUAAUAAAUGUUACGAUGGACACAAAUUAAACGUACCUGCAGUUUUUGCGUGUAUAACUUUUACUUUUUGGACGUUUCUUUUGGUAUCAGGGUAGAGAAGAACAGCCAACACAAUGUUAAUACUUUUAAAAAUAUAUCCUAAGUUUUUUUGUUUUUUUUACUUAAAUGGAUGUCUAUUAUGGUCUUUUAAAAUAAAACAUGUUAACAUUUAUGUUAUCAACCAUAAUUGUAUUAAUUAAUAACGUCACGGAAAUGAUGGAUACAGCUAUAGAAAUAUAAAAAAAUGAAGUAUUUUUGCCAUUUAGUCAUUCGACUUUUAUUGAACAAUGUUUUGAAGAUAAAUUAUAACAAUAUCUGUGAAGUUCAGCCAUGUUUUGUUACAUUUAAAUGAAAAGUUAUAGGAUUUAUAUUUAAAUUAAAGCUUUCAUUCACUACUGUAAUGUAUACCAGCUGACUUGAUGAACAAAGUUCAAUCGAGAAAUAUACCAAAUUUAUUUUCUAUUAACACCACUUUUGCAAGGUAUGGUGAAUAAUUAUUUCGAGUUACGGAAACAUCAUACACAAAUUCUAUAUUACUACGCAAGGUAAAAAUUAUGUUGCUUUAAUUAACUUUGAGAUUAAUUUUUAACAAUUCAGCUCUUAUAAUUAUUUGGCAAAUAUUUAUUUUUUUUACUAAAAGCGUGUUUUAGUAUGAAGCCAACCCAGCCAGACCCGCCGCGUUUACCAUUCAUCAAGUAGUUGGAUACAAUCUAGCACACAAACACAAUUAACCUUAUAUUUUCUAUCACGAUGUUUUGUAGAUAAAUACGCGGAUUUACUGUUUCUAAAGCGCCAUUGAUGUGCCGAUUAUUUGUUUAGUUGCAUUUUUGUGAUGUUAUGCCAAUUAUUAAUGAUAGUAUGGACUGUUGCUGAGCUACAGUAGACUAUAUAUUAUUGUAUGCUGUCACAUGGUGUGUAAUGGUCAUAAUCAAAUGAAUCGUUAAUUUGAAAUGUAUUUUCUGAAAUAAUUAUAAGGUAUGUCAUGAUUAAAAGACAUUUUGAAUGACUUUUGUUGUAUAGUCAAACGUUGAUAGGUUCCUUUUAUGUUACACCUUUCGUAUUUUUUAUGUUUCUCGUGUUUACAAAACAAUAAAAAUACAUUAACA